AUGCGUGAUCUACCAAAGUUGCGGAUCACCGAGGCGGAUGAUGUCGAGUCGGGAGUGUCGCUUACGCUGGAGGAUCGCUGUUUGCGGCCGGCCGGCGAUCGGUGCAGUGCGAUAGACAGCACACCGGACACGAUCGGAUCUGGCCGAUCGUCGUCGUUCCGGUUCGAUCAAUCACAGCGGACCUCAGGAAGACGACCCGGUCCGUAUCGGGCCGGUGCCAAGAAGCCCCGGAAACGGGCCGUUUUCAAGAACGGCUACUGCAACGUGAGCGCGACGAAGCUACCGCAGCAGCAGAUCCGAUUCCUGCAGGACAUCUUUACGACACUGGUCGACGCGCAGUGGCGCUGGACGUUGUUGGUGUUUGCGCUGGGGUUCGUCGGUUCGUGGAUGCUGUUUGCGGGGCUCUACUGGCUGAUUGCGUACGCCCACGGUGACUUUGAGCCGCAUCACUUGCCGCCGUUUCAAGAGGACAACGGAUGGACACCGUGCAUCACGAUGCUGUACUCGUUCACGUCUUGCUUUCUGUUUUCGCUCGAAACACAGCAGACGAUCGGGUACGGGUCUCGGGCCAUGGAUGAGCAGUGCCCGGAAGCGGUGUUUGUGAUGAGCCUGCAGUCGGUUCACGGCGUUAUGGUGCAGGCGUUUCUGGCCGGGAUUAUUUUCGCCAAGAUGACCCGCUCGAAGCGGCGUGCCCAGACGCUGCUGUUCUCACGCCACGCCGUCAUUUCUCAGCGCGACGAAGAGCUGUGCCUUGCGUUCCGGAUCGGCGAUAUGCGCAAGAGCCACAUCAUCGGGGCGAACAUCCGGGCCCAAUUGUUGCGGCCGAAGGUGACCAGCGAAGGUGACACGCUGGAACAGUACCACACCGAGCUGGAGCUGACGGUGGACGGCUGCUCGUCGGACGUGUUUCUCAUCUGGCCCCGGAUCGUGGUGCAUCGGAUCGACGAGAAGUCCCCGUUUUAUGGGUACUCGGCCGAUGACAUCCUGCUCGAGCGAUUCGAGGUGAUCGUGGUGCUCGAGGGAACGAUUGAGUCGACGGGCCAGACGACACAAGCCCGAACGAGCUAUGUCAACACGGAGAUCCUGUGGGGCCACCGGUUCGAGCCGGUGCUCCUAUACAACGCGGAUAUCCAAAGCUACGAAAUUGAUUUCUCUAAGUUCAACGAUACGGCCCCACAGUACACACCCCGGUGCUCGGCACGCCAGCUCAAGGAAUGCUUCCAGACGCCCCUCAAAGGGCUAUCAUGUGAUCCUCUUCUGAUGGGACGUGAACCGAGACUGAACCACGUAGACGAACGUGCCAAUCCGCAGUUCCUGUUUCCCAUGUUUAAUCGACGACUGUCGCGUUCAUCGAGCGCACUGUAGCGACUGUAAUAAUUUGUAUUUAUAACGUCUUUACUUGUCGCCGUCUAAGCUUGAACUAAACUUAAGUGAUGCGGUCCGUUAAAUUUGAACUUUGUCAAUGCAUUCAUUAACUGUUAUACUGGCAUACUUCUUACAGCGACGGUUGCAUACUUUCAGGCGCGGAACGGGAGCAUGUCACGAUUAAAGUAACUAUAAUUUAUAGUAGGAAUUAUGGUAAACUCGCAAGAAAU